AUGCUCUCACGUGUUGCUGCAGUGAAGGCACCCCGCACACACAACCGUCGCCGUGUGACCGGAUCCAGCGGAAGGAGGAGGGAAGGAGGAGAGUGUGAGCCGCAGGGGUCCAACAUGUCCCGGCGUGUGUUUACUUCCGCGGUGCUGCUUCUCCUCCUCGUUAUGAUGUGCUGCGGCAGUGAAGCCGCACACGCGGAGAACAGUGCUUCAGGGGGUGAUCCAAAGUUUGAAUGGAAGGACGCCAAUGGUGGUGUAGCUGUGGACUCGUUGGGCUUUCCUGGCCUUCUAAAAGUGGGGAGUGACGUAUUUGCCGUCGCCGAGGCGCAGUGCAAGGAGGGUGAAACCAUCUUUACUGGCAUUGCAACUCAACUUGUGACGACAGCAAAGGCUAACGAACCGGUGGAAGUGCUGAAGGAUGCCAAAAGGGAUACACAGGCUCUGGAGGAAGGCACUACCGCAAUCAAAAAGAAAGUAGAUGUGAGUCGACCAACAACAGUUGUGAAGGAAAAUGAUAUUUACAUGCUUGUUGGUAAAUACAGCCGGACAGCUGCCGCUGAUGAUCAGGCCUCUCCUGCAGCUCGUUGGGGACUUUUGCUGGUGAAAGGGAAAGUCAGUGUUGAGGGAGGCAACCGAAAAAUCCAAUGGAAUGAGAACCAGCGACUGGUCGGCACCUUUUCUGCUGGCGAACACGAUUCCUUGAUGCAGUUGAUUGGAGGCGGUGGAUCUGGCAUUCAGACGGAGGACGGCACGCUUGUGUUUCCCGUGGAAGGCACGAAGAAGAAUUUGGGGCAGAGCGAAGUUGUGGGCGGAAAGACUGUCUCACUGCUCAUGUACUCUUCGGAUGCUUCGAAUUGGAAGCUGUCGAAGGGGAUGUCUGCCGAUGGCUGCAGCGAUCCCUCCGUCGUGGAGUGGGAGGAGGGAAAACUCAUCAUGAUGACAGCGUGUGAUGAUGGCCGCCGCAGGGUGUACGAGUCCGGUGACAAGGGGGAGUCGUGGACGGAGGCACUCGGGACACUCUCGCGCGUGUGGGGCAACAAACGCGAGGGACCUGAGAAGGGCGUUGGGAGCGGGUUCAUCACAGCGACUAUUGGAGAUGAUCAUAAGAGAAGGUUGAUGCUCGUCACCCUGCCGGUGCCUUCUACGGAGAGGGAAAAGGAGGAAAAGGAAAAGGGCGAACUCCAUCUUUGGCUGACGGACAAUACGCACAUUGUUGAUAUUGGGCCGGUAUCCAGGGAAGGGGAAGACGACGUUACCGCCAGCUCCCUGUUGUACAAAAGUGGUGGAGGUGAGAAUAAGGAGUUGAUUGCACUGUACGAGAAGGAUAGGAGCGGUGAAGAUACAUCGUCACGCAGUCUUUGGUCUGUGCUUCUGACUGCGCAGCUGGAGCGGGUGAAGGAGGUGCUGGCGACUUGGAAGAAAGUGGACGAAAGUGUCUCCAAGCUGUGCCCCACUUCAAGUGCUGCGGAGAGUACCUCGACUGGCACUGUCUGCACUUCUGUGGUCACGGCUGGGCUGGUUGGCUUUUUGUCCGGCAACUUCUCUGAGAGUACAUGGAGGGACGAGUACCUCGGGGUGAACGCCACCGUGAAGAGCGGUGUUGGGGCAGCAGGGACUACCGAUGGCGUGAGGUUCACAGGGCGUGGCGCAGGGGCGGAGUGGCCCGUUGGCAGUCAGGGGCGGAAUCAGCUGUACCACUUUGCGAACUACAACUUCACUCUUGUGGCGACGGUGUCCAUCGACAAGGAAGCGACGGAGGGAGGUACCACUAUUCCGGUGAUGGGUGUGCGUCUGGAAGGCCAAGAGAAACUUAUGGAGUUGUCGUACGACAGCGGUGGUAAGUGGCAGGUGCUGUGCGAUGGCGUACCGAAUUCUGGGAAGCUCAGCAGCACUUUGGGGCCAACACACCACGUGGUAAUUUUGCUACGGAACGGCAGCCAGGGCUCCGCGUACGUCGAUGGUCAGCGUGUGGGAGAUGCGCCAUGUGAAUUGAAAGUUACAGAUUCGAACGAGAUCUCCCACUUCUACAUUGGAGGGGAUGGAAGCGGCGCAGGGAGCCAAGAAGAGGUGCAUGUGACGGUGUCGAACGUCCUGCUGUACAACCGCCCGUUCGAUGAAGCAGAGAUUGGCGUCCUUAACCCGAAUAAAGACCCAAUUCAACUUUUGAAAGAGAAUCCGUCGGAGCCUUCAACAGUUUCUUCUGAUUCCAUUAUACCUCCCAGUCAUCCGGUGACCCCGAAUGCUCAGAAAACCGAAACUCCGUCUACUCCUGCCGGAACACAUCCGUUGGAACAGGGACAGUCGAUGGGGAGCAGUAAAGAUGCGGGCAGUGGCGGUGCAUCCAAAUCAGCGAUGUCCACUGUCAGUACUUCUUCAGCAGGAAAGAACUCCGUAAAGCAGGUGACUUCAGGAACAUCUCCCGAUGGAACUCAAACUGUAGAUGGCGGUUCUACUGCUGAUGGCGAGCCAACGAUGGAGACAAGAGAAGAAGGAACGAAUGGGCAGGAGGAGGAGGUUAAUACGCAGAUCAGUGAAGUAAAUGCUACGGCACUCAGCAGCAGUCUCGGAAAUGUGUCGCAGGGGAAUAACAGCGACUCCGGCACUGUGCGUGAGAGCGGACUGCUGCCAUCGUUGCUGCUUCUCCUGUUGGGACUGUGGGGGUUUGCGGCUGCGUGA